AUGUGGGGCGGGAAAUUCUACUGCCCCCGAUGCGGCAAAAGCUACGUGCGCAAGCAGCACGUGACGCGACACGUGCAGUACGAGUGCGGCAAAGAACCGACGUUCGAGUGCCCGUUCUGUCCGAAGAAGUACCGGCGCAGCGACGUUUUGCAGUACCACUUGCGGAACUCGCACGCCGUCCGCAGGCCCGCCUACGAUUUUCGCCACUGCUCCAUGUACUACAAGUUCAAGGGGAACAUCCGCCGUCAUCUCAAGUACGAGUGCGGCAAGGAGGCCACGUUCUCCUGCCACUUGUGCAAUUUCAAGUGCAAACGGGCCGACUAUCUGCGCUUCCAUUUGAAUUCCAAGAAGCAUUCCAAUAACGCGGUGAACAGCGUCAAGCAGGAACCCGUCAAGCCGGAACCCGCCGCAAAUCGUAACCCUGUACCUUCACCUCAACAAAAUUACCCGACGAGUGAUUCUGUGAAACCAAUUAACACUUUCGCUCGCUCGUUUUUAGGUUUAGCUCGGGCGCUGCUCAACGGAGGCGCGAUGAAGUACCUCUGCCACAAGUGCCGCAAACAGUACACGCACAGGAGCAGCUUGGGGCGGCACUUGAAGCUCGAGUGCGGCAAACCGCCGCAAUUCAGCUGCACCCUGUGCAGCUCCACGUUCACCCAAAAGAGCAGCCUCAAAUCGCACUUGCUCUGCAUCCACGAGGACAUCGUGAAAAACUCGUGGAAAUUUAACCACUAA